AUGUUUAAACAGACAUUGGCCAAAUUGGCUGAAACGCCUAGGUGUAGUAUUCCGCCUUAUAAGCCAACCUAUAAGAAUUUAUUGAGAGAUCCAUCUUCAAAAUAUAAGCCAUUUAGUCGGAUUAACUUACCAAACAGACAGUGGCCUGAUAAGCGGAUUACCAAGGCACCUCGUUGGUUAUCUAGUGAUUUGAGAGAUGGGAACCAAUCGUUGCCUGAUCCAAUGUCGAUCGAACAGAAGAAGUUGCUAUUUCAUAAGUUGAUUGAAAUUGGCUUUAAAGAAAUUGAAGUUUCGUUUCCGUCUGCUUCUCAAACGGAUUUUGAUUUUACCAGGUAUGCAGUUGAGAACGCGCCUGAUGAUGUUGCAAUUCAAUGCUUAGUACAGUCGCGGGAGCAUUUGAUUAGGCGCACUGUUGAAGCUUUAAGCGGUGCAAAAAAUGCUAUUGUGCAUACUUAUUUGGCUACUUCGGAUACGUUCAGAGAUGUGGUGUUCAAUAUGUCGAAGGAGGAGGCGAUUGAGAGGGCUGUGGAGGCUACAAAACUUGUUAGAAGUUUGACGAAAGAUGACCCAAGCCAGCAGGCUACCAGGUGGAGUUAUGAAUUUUCGCCUGAAUGUUUUUCUGAUACGCCAGUGGAAUUUGCAGUUGAAAUAUGUGAGGCGGUGAAAGCAGCAUGGGAACCAACAACUGAUAAUCCCAUUAUUUUUAAUUUACCGGCCACUGUUGAGGUUGCAUCUCCAAAUAUAUAUGCUGACCAAAUUGAAUACUUUUCUUCCCAUAUUAGCGAGCGUGAAAAGGUAUCUAUUUCCACGCAUACGCAUAACGACCGUGGGUGUGGUGUUGCUGCUACUGAACUAGGUCUCAUGGCAGGUGCUGAUCGUGUUGAGGGUUGUUUGUUCGGGAAUGGAGAGCGUACCGGUAACGUUGAUCUUGUUACUGUUGCUUUAAACAUGUAUACACAAGGUGUAUCUCCGAAUUUGGAUUUCUCUGAUCUACCUGCCAUCAUUGAAACCGUAGAACAAUGCAACAAAAUACCAGUGCAUCCAAGAGCGCCGUAUGGUGGUGAUUUGGUUGUUUGUGCGUUCUCUGGAUCGCAUCAGGAUGCAAUUAAGAAAGGAUUUAAACAUAUUGCUUCGAGACGUGAAAAGGGAGAUUUGGUAUGGAAGCUGCCAUAUUUGCCAUUAGACCCUAAAGAUAUUGGUAGAAACUACGAAGCCUUAAUUAGAGUCAACUCUCAAUCAGGUAAAGGUGGCGCUGCAUGGGUGAUUUUGAAAUACUUGGAACUUGAUCUACCAAGACCAAUGCAAGUCGAAUUUUCUGCUGUAGUACAGAACGAAGCUGAGCGCCUAGGAAGAGAGUUAAAGGCUCAGGAUAUUACGGCGUUGUUCAAGCAGACGUACAACUUUGAAGCAAAACUAACUCAUUUGGUCCUUCUAGACUAUCAAGUUGUAAAGAUAAACCAAAAAGAAAGAGUAUUAACUGGUCAAGUCCAAAUUGGAGACAAUAUUCUACCGAUUGAAGGUUUUGGUAAUGGUCCUAUCUCUUCCUUAGUCGAUGCAAUGUCAAAGUUGUUUAACGUACAGUUUAGUGUUUCUAACUACACAGAGCACUCCUUGGGUUCAGGCUCUUCUACAAAAGCUGCAUCCUUCAUCCACUUAGCUUAUUCUACCGAUUCGGACAAGGACGAGUCCGUCAAAUGGGGUGUUGGCGUUUCUGAGGAUGUCGGCGAUGCUUCUGUAAAAUCUAUUAUCUCAGUCAUUAACAACAUAGUUGAAACUGGCGACCUCUCCACCAGUACCUUAUCCAAAAAAUAA